AAUCGCGAACGAAAUCCAAUUGCGAACGAAUGUUGUAGGCGUAGUUUAUAAUUUAUUUUUUUAUUUGUGCUCUCGUUCCACUUUUUAAAUUGAUUACUUUUAUUUUACGGAAAAUCUGUGCUUUAUUUUCUGUGCUUUUUUCCGAAGUGAAACAAAAUAAUCGCGAAAGUGCAGUGGGUUUGGGUUUCGUGAAUUAUGAUGUCAUUUAAUCCUUGAAAAUAUGAGUGUUAGUGUCGACGACGUUUCCAACCCUUUAUCGGGAGGACAGGGGACGGUUUGCAACGAGGGAACUUCUUCAGAUAACCAAAACACUAAGAAUGAUCAAGUUGAGGCAGGUCAGGAAAAAUUGGAACCAUCGAGCCCUAAGCCUUAUCCAAUGGCGUUUACCGUCGACUUUGGCGAGAGCAAAUCAUUUGAUAACCGUAGACUCGAGGAGCUAGCGAAGAAAUCGCAAGCCCGACACCAGAGGGUACAAUCGAUGUCAACUGGUUUAACUAGGCGAAGUCCGACGGCUCAGCGGCCCCCUUUGAGCGUAAAGCUCCCCAGAAAAGCUCAAGGAUACAAUUCGGAAGGUUAUUUCUCCUCCGAUCAGGAAGAUAAUGGUGUGUCCAACUCAGUUAAAGUUAGAAGCAGUCCCCUUGUGCAAAAUGUUGAAAAGACGCAUAUAACAAGCCCGAUUAUUAGUAGGCAAGUUAAAUCACCAAUUGUAGACCAAAUGUAUCAAAAGAAACAAGCAAAAAGCCCAAUUGUUGAUAGUAUAAUGUCCCGAAGUGAAAAUUUCACCACCCGUCAAUCUUUAAAUCUGCCUUUGAAUCCCACCACCACCUAUAAUCAAAGUAGCAUCCAUAAAACACCUAGCUAUGGCAGUCUUAGUUAUCAGAAACAUAUGGCAGAUAUUGUUGAUCAGAGUCCUGAAGGUUUAAUGCUUACUGAUAUAUCUAGUCCUGAAUUGGAUAUUCUAACCCCUGAUAAUGGUUUGUCAACACCUGAACCAUCGAAAAGUCCAUUAGUGCGUAAAGUUAGGGCCAUGUCUGAAACACCAGACUUGUUAUUUAAAAAGUGUCCACCAAAACCUCAACCUUUGUUCAUCGAUGAUGAUGUUGAUAGACAGUCCAAUAAUUCUUCAACUGGCACUUACACGAUUGAAGGAGAUAAUUAUACUGAAGAGCAAAAAGCUCGAAUGAGUAUAGAUAGGUCUUUCGGUGCUAAUUUACUUAACGAAGCAAUAGAUAAAUCAUUAAACAAACUAUCUAACGUUGAAAGAGAUCCUGAGCUCGUAUUUGACUUCCCCAACCCACAACGAGUAAUCACCACGGAACCAAGACGAGAAACUGGGCUUAGAAGUCCUCUAGCCAUUCACUCUGCGUUUGAAAUUCCAAAUAAAGUGUCAAAAGAUAAGAAUGUUCUGGAAAUUUCAUGCUGUUAUGAAUCUCCCACAGAGAAUGACUUGGCAGCACAAACCUCUAAACAGAUAAAGUCUACCAGGAGUUAUUUAGAGAAAAUUAAAAAUAGGGUUCGCACUAUCACUGAGAAAACGUUUCCUAAAUCACCACCAAAGCAUGAUGAAGAAGUUGAUGUAGGCAGCUUCACAUCAGUCACCACUUCUGGUGUUUUCAGUAUGAAAAACCCUGUGAAAAUUGAGAUGCCCAUCAGGAGACGUUGUAGUCUCACUAAAUCUGAUAUAGACCAGACUGACUAUGUACAUAGAUUAUCUAGAGAGUCUUCUGUCCCGGUUUCAUUGCCCAGUAGCAAGGGCUUUACUUUUGAGGAUGCUACAUUUGAAAGCACGGCUCUCAAAAACGCCCAGAAAGCUUUAAGAGAUGAUAGUGGGGUUUCGUCUGAUAUAACUCCAGAUCAAGUUGUAGGAAAGUUGUCAUAUUUGAGUCUAAAUCGGUGCAAAGGCGACAAGACCUGGAUACAGGACUGGGCUGAAAGUGUCAAGAAAUACAAUAACAAUACCUUGGGAAAGGAAUCAGACCUGACCAGCUCAUAUUCUGACAGACCACCACUCAGUCCUCGUCAUUUACCAGGGAAACCCCGCAGCCCGCAUGGCGGCACACCUACUAAGAUACCAAGCCCUGUUGGCACCCUACUUCACAGGAGAACGCCGGACUUAAUACCGCCACAAGACACUGAAUCUUACUUGCUAAAGACACAAAACGCCAUCACCAACCUGCAAGCGAAGCUGCAAUCAUCCAGGGCGAGCAACUUCUCCAACAUUCCGUCACAGCUCACCUCCAGCCUCAUAAGCGAGAAGACGACAGUUUCACGGCUGCCUCUGUCCCAGUUAAGCAGAUCAAACUCCUUAAACUAUCGCCUUAGAAGGAAAGACAACUCUGGCGAUAGCAGUCCCCUGAGGAGUCCAAAUCAUUACGUCAUCACCGGUUCUAACAAACUACCAGAAAGCACUAAAAUACUCAUUAAUAGCGUCACCAGGUCACUGGAGACAGACAGAAGGCACGAUUCUAACAUGAACAGCCCAUCAUCAGAAAGAGGGCUAUGCAGUAAUAGUUCUGAUGAUAAAACGUUGUCCAAUAAACCUCAGUACAAAGGAUCACCUCACAGACAAUCACACUCGCGGCACAAAGGCUUCGACGGAAAGCAUCCGAACGAAUUCUAUACAGAUUUCAACAAUGCAAACCCAGCAGUGUGCCUUAAGGUAGUCCUUAAGAAUAACGCGUUAGACGCGAAAUCUUACACCCGAAUCGACCAAACGCGUCACCAUAGCGACGCUAAGAAGGUCCAUCAACGCGUCUUCAGCGAUGGCAGCAAGCAAUUCAAACCCGUCCAUACAAGCAACAACGCCGCUUUUGGCAUAUCAAUUAAACGCUCUAGCUCGUUCAACACGGUCAACAGAAAUAAUAAUUACAUGGAUGUCGGGAGAAUCGUGUCGAGACGAUCGAGUGGACAUUCGGAGGAGUACAAGGAUUAUUAUCUGUCAGACGAAUCUGAGAACGGGUCCUUCGAUAAAUCGCAAGAUUUGAGGUUUAAGAGGACUACCCAUAGAGGCAGAAUCAACUCGCCCGAUCUGAAAUCUGUUGCCCCUGCCAAUUCACCUAGAUGCCCCAACACCCCUGAAAUGCAGCGGAAAUUCGGGCCAGGAUUGGUCAGAAAUACAAGCAGAGUGAGUAACAAAGAGCGUAACGUAAACACUAGGAUGUCUGAACCGCCCGUGUCGAAGGAAGAAAGAACAAAACCAGUCAAUCAUCAGAGCAGAAGGAUAUCAGAUCAAUCUAGACAGGCAGUUCUGAGCAGGCUGACUAAAUCCAGGUCUUCAACGAGGGAGAUGAAACCCAAAGUACAGGAAAAAGGGCAAAAGAAACCAAGCCAACAUCGGUCCUCAUCCGCGUUAGCCUCAAAAGAAGUGGAGUUCUCCAAUUGGAAGAAGAGGUCGUCUUACGACCCCAUGAAAGCAGCACAAGAGGGGAAAAAGAGACAGCAGAUGGCGAGACGGCAGGAGUGCAAUAAGGACGACCUUAGUUCCCCCAGCCACUCCUCACCGGUCCACCGAUCUCAGUCCUUCCACACGACCAACAUCGCAGACCUGGAGACGCUGGACUACUCCUCGGAAGACGACCAGAUGCUCUCGACCCUACCUAUCGACCCGAUGAUCACUUCGACACACUCGGAUAUUUUGGACCUGAGGCCUAAAGACUUCACCAGAGAAAACCUGAGGAGGCAGGCGAUGACCAACGAUGUGGUUUUAUCGAGGAAUUACGUCACCAGUUUCCAGGUCAACCAGCCCUCAGAGAAGGCAAAACGCAUAGAAACAGACAAGCGGAAGACUUACCUCCUCGAUGACAUAACCCCAACAAAGGAGAACGUGGACUUCCUCCCGAAGAGAGAGAAUGACGCCGCAGUGGACAAAAGAAAGACUUUCAUACUGGACAGCGACACAAACUCCACGACAAACGGCAGCAGUCCGAGGAACUCCUCCAUAUUCAGUCACGAGAAGAACUCUCUUACGACUGGCACCAGCGAUACAGAAGGAGAGAGUGGGACGGAAAGCGCUCCAGUGGUUAUGAGACAUCAAGGGGGGAAGAAAGGGACAGCGCAGGCGAAACAGAGGUACAGCGGUGACUAUUCCAUGUCAUCGUCGACCACCUCAAUAAGCCAACAGCAAAAGAGGCCUAAGGAGAUCCAGCCUAGAUAUCUAGAUAUAUCUAAAUACAAAUCGGAGAACUCGCCGAAGAACUUCUUGAGGCGGGAUCCGAGCAAGACGUACGUUGGGGUACUUAACCAUACUGAGAAGGGGGUUAGUAAGGGAAGCGCGCAGCACUAUGAAAUGGAACAAAAGAAACAAGAAUUGGAGAAGUGGAAACGGAGAGCUUCGUAUGACCCGAGAAAGGCGGCAGCGCUCGGCAAAACUAGCAAAGCUCCACCAAAGACUGCAAGAGCGUGACAGAUGUCAAAAUGCAUGCAAUUCUGGCUAAAGUGACAUGAGAGCCGCCUUCUUGUCGUGUAAGUAGCGUUUUGCGAUCUCAGUCGUUUCACGGUCCGGUGCUAGUCUCCCCGAAUCUGCGUUACCAGCCGCCACCGACCGAAAUAACGGAGAGUUACGACGCUUCGAGCGACAACGACUUUUAAAGCGUUUAGCGUAUGGUCGAAAAUACAAUGGCAUUGUGAUAGUGUGUUAUGGGAUAGAAUGGUGUGUGUUUUGUUUGUGGAGUGUGGGUGUACUAUAUGAUAGUGUAAAUGGAACCAAAUAAUUAGUAUACAUACUUAAAUAUGUUGUUUAAUCAUUUUUGACAGAUGUCAUUUUACGCGCCAAAAACAACAGUUUAAUAAAUCACAGAUGGGUAUGGAAUUUUUGUUAGUUAAUUUUUUACAUUUUGGCACAAUUGAAAGCAACGCAACGCAAGUACAUUUUUUUUGUAAAUUAUAUACGCUUAAACUCCAGUUCGUUUAUCGAUAUGAUAAAAUUAAACGUGAUUUGAAUAAGGAAGCCUAUUUAAUGUAAUGGAAACACUAUCACUUAAAGUGUAUGUUAAGAGAUUUUUAUAUAACCAUCGAGUUUAUUAAAUUUUCAUAUAAUUAGAGAAACGAUUGAAAAGUACGGUUUUAUUUAUAGUUAUAUAUUAUAUAUAGAUUUAGCAAUUAGUUGCUCAUAUCGUAUGUACAUCGAUUAGUUCUAACGUCAUUUUAUUAUCGAUUUAUUUUAGGUUAGUUAGUUGUCAAUCCAAUUUUACAUAUUAGUGCAAUAUAAUUACAUCACAAUGGAAUUAGUUAUGAAUUAGUGUUGUUCGAGAUUAUAAAUUUUAGAUGUCAUCUCAUAUCUUUAUACAUAUGAAAUAAUUUGUUAUGUCCCUAAUUUGAUGAUUUUCAUUUCGAAUUUCCAUUUAUUUAAACUCACAUUUUAUGUGUUACGUAUGUUAGAUUUACAAACAUACGGCCAAAAUUCUUGAUAUUAUAUUUAUAGUGCAAAAGUGACUAUUUUUUAAGAAAUUAGAACAAUAUGUCUUCACUCUCCGUCAAAAAUGUACUUAGACUGUCAAAAUUCAAAACGUCCUCUUAGGUAAUGUUUUAUCACAGAUAUCUUUCUAAAUACUUAUAGAUUUGCGAUGUACAAUAGCUUACAUGAUCAAAAACACCAUUCUAAUUAGAAAUUAGUUCAACAGUGUUCUAAACAGUUUAUAUUUUAAUAUGGCUUUAGUUUCGUACAGUUGUCAUAAUAAUUUAAAAAUAAUAAUAUGCUACGUUUCUUGUAUUUAAGACUUAUUGAAGAACUCAUGAACCCGAUUGUUUUUUUUUUUAAUGAAUCUAUUGUACGAAUUAUUUUAAAUUCGAAAUCUGUUUACUUAGUUUUAGAUAAAUGAGUAAUAUCUCGUGGUCUUUAUGGCAUACAUGUCUCAUUUUUAAAACAAAUAAUUAUUAUACUCAAAAUACAGUAUUUAAUUUUUUGGUAAGUUCUUACUAUGGCAUAAUUAGAUAUAUAGUCAUGAGUUUGCGUAUAAUUUUUUUGUGCUCUUGACUACCAGGCUUUUUGCCAUUUCUUGAAUAAAAAUAAAUAGAAUUCUCUUUUUUAUUUUGUAAUUUUUAUAAUUUAUAGGAACUAUAAAUUGCACUUAUAUAUUGUUUUUUUUUUGUAAAUUACUCCCUAAUGCUUUAACUAUAUAAGGAAAUAAUGAAUGAAUGUGUUAUGCGAAAUUGUUUAUAUCAAUAGAAACAAUAGCGCCUUUAUAGAAUUUACCAUUCCAUGUUCAUUCAAAUAAAAUGUCUGUUUUGUAGUACCUAUACUUAAACGAAGCCAGCCGCUUUUUAAUGGAUUAUUGAAUUGUAUUAUGAAAAGCUCGAAGCGAGUUGUGUUAGGGUUUGUAUUACAAUUAUUGAUGUUUAGAUUUUCGUAAAAUAUUGUUUAACAGAAAAUAAAAGAAAUUAUAUGAAAUUGU